UUUUUUUUUCUCAGUGUAUGUGAGUUUAUGCUUAUUUUUUCCACACAAAACAGAUGAAAUGGCGGAGCACAAACUGAUGUUGGUGGAUCUUUUAAUGGACGAGGAGACCGAUAUGGUCAUUGUAUCGGAGACAUGGGCAGUGGACGAUGAUGAAAUUUAUUAUCCCCCACAUGAAGUAAAGGGAGCUAAGCUUCAAAAGUACUGCCGCCUUCACAUGCAGCCAGAUCCAACAAGUUGGAGACGGUAUCCGUUCAGGCUCAUCCGUAUGUGCGAGAAUUGGGCUGUGGCAAAAAGCUACGAGGUUCGGCUCGCAAAGAACCCAGAUUCAGAGCUGAAUACGGAUGCUGGAGGACCUCUUGGUCAAAGAAAGAGAAAGGUACCAGAGCGGUACAGCCCACCGCCAGCCUCUGGUAUACCGCUGAAGAAGUCCGCAAAUAACGUACUACAGCGCAGAUUGAGCAAGACAUGGUCCAACGAGUCAGAUGACCCGCCUUACCCUAGUGUUGCUGAUGCCUCGGAGAAGAUUACUGUUACCGCAUCAUCAAACAAGCCAGUCCCUGAAAGUCAGGUCGAUAUGUUUGAAAUUUUAUCCGACGAUUCUGGUAACAAAAGCCCGGUGCUUAAUUCAUCAAGCCAAGGUAAGGCGAUGGUUCCUGUAAAGCAGACUUCAAUGGCAGCUGAUUGUGGUUCUUCGACGAUCAAGUCGGUUGUAGGCAAGACCGUCACAUCAAAGCCAUCUACUACUUUAGAGAGCAAACUGCUCUUUACUUGUGUUCGCUCUUUUCCGGAGAAGAAAAUGGCUCCUUUUAUUUCUUCAAAGAAGGCUGGGCUUGUAUCUUCUCCUGAUGUGGCUUCAAAGAAAAGGGUUUAUCCAUUAUCCAACCUUCAAAUCGAGAAUGGAAGUCACGGUCUCAAGCGGACGACAACGCUUGUAAACGCUUCAAAGGGAAAUAGCCUUAAGAAUUCGAAAGAGUCCCGGAAAUACGAAGAUGCAGUCGUUGCGAGGUCCGUUUCUCCCAUACGUCCGUUUCAACUUGCCAUCAAGGAGAAUGUUUCGUAUAAGUCACCGGUGGCUGUAAAUACGAUGGUGAAUAAGCAAAAGAGCAUCAAAUAUCUCAUCAAGAAACCAGAGACCGCAGUUACGAAAUCUUUCAGCCUGCCCACUCCUGAACUUCGUCAUAAGGAUGUACUAAACUUAAACCACAGCGUCCAUUUCUGAAGUUACGCUGAGGAAAGUCAUUAACAUAGAGCGGAUGAUGCAAGAGUUCCUCGUUAAUCAAGGCCCCAUCCUCGCUUUCAUUGAGAGAACAAAUUCUGUGGUGACGGAAAGAGAUUUAUUCCCGUUUCCCGUCGACGAUGAGAAAAAUUUUGCCUUAUUCUUAGUUCUUCUCGAAAGUCCGGAAGAUGUUGCGAAACUCAUGACUGGCAGACUAAGUUCACUUGGAGGCAACAAUCUUGACGAUCGAAUCUGCAACAUAUGGGCUGCAAUUAUUACCGACAAGUGGGGUAUGUCCCUCUCCUGGGCCGGUCGUGACGCUAGCAAGUACGCAGUAAAAAACACAAAGCUGUUUCAUUUCAUUUACGAUUUGGUCCGCUCAAGCAUCUCUUAUACGAAUGUCGAACAGUUAGCAGUAGAAGAAACCUCGAAAAACUGGAUCUACAAAGCUGGCCGGCGUUAUCUAAGAGCUCAAGCAACAGCCGGAAAGCGGACUCGUCUGGACGACGAAGAGGACCCUCGCGAAGGAAUGUCGUCUGCCGAAAUUGGUGCAAUCGAUGGCUACUACGGGAAAGAGAUGGAC